CUUGUAAUAAAACCCGUGUUCUAAUGGAGGCUGGUCGCCAGUCAGAUCGCAGGGGGGACUCAGAUAACUUCUCCUUAUCGCUCUAGGUACCCGAAGAUCUCGGUAUUAUAAUUCUCUCUCACUGACCGCGCAAAGGAACUCCAUAGAUUUCUUUGAUUUUAAUACAGGCAGCUACUCACAUUAAUUCUCUUAGCGCGAUGGCAGAGGCGUUUGUGAAGAUGUUCGACGCAGCACCGUCGUCAUUGGUGGCCGAUUCGCCGAGGACCAGAGCGAGUCCUACCCACUACGUCUACAUAGAGCUAGAGGAUGAAGUUAUCUCCCAGCUUAGAGUCCUGCAGGAAGCUUUGAGUGAAGAGGCCAUGAAGUUCGAUCUGGAGGAAAUCGACAUCCUUCACGCUCACAUCACACUAGGAGUCUUCGACUUGCGCCCAUGCAUGCAAGAGUAUUCGGAGGAAAGUUUGGACUGUCUGAAAAGAGAACUCUUACUGGAAGUUAUGGAAGAUAGACCCAGCUUCCAAGCGAAUUUCCUCAGCCUCGGACACUUCAGCGGCAAAUUUCUGUACGUCGAAAUCGAGAGAAGUCAGGAUCUCCUCGACCUCAGAUCAAAGGUCCUGGCAGAAUCCCCCGGACUGUUCUUCUGUUGUUUCUAUCAAAUCAUCAGUAAAAUGAUAGACUAUAACGUUCCCACUUCCCAUCUGUCUAUAAAUUCAGAGAAUUUACAAGAAACCUCGGUAACACACCAUAUAAGCCCAAACAAGCAGCGUCAAAAAAGGGUGGAAAUGCUUUAUUGCUGCUCUCUUAAUAAUAACGUCAAUAGUACCAAUAGGAAUAAUUGUAAUAAUUCAUCACGACACCACUGUUUGACACCAGCUCUCCUCGAGGAAACAUGUCUGCCAUCAAAGACAACAAUGAACACGGCGUUACGUUCGGUGAAACCUACUUACAUACUCUAUUGAUAUGCCACUGCGUGUGAUGGCCCAGUCAGGCUGAUAAAUCAACAGUACCCCCAACAAGAACGACACUAUUCCUUGGCAAAGUCUUUUAACAGCAGUCUACGUGGUUUUAACGCCAACCAAAUCCACAGGCGGAAUUCAGUGUUAUUACAGAUUCACUCACUUCGUCACAGUGAAGGCGAGAACAUUUGGAUGGCGGAUGGACAGAUUAAAUUUGGAGGCAGCAUGCAAUGGAUAGAAGUUAUUUGUCGAUUUUGGCACAUGGAAUCUAUUGCCCUUAAAAUUGAAAUUAUCCGCUUCUUAUGAGUGUAUCAAGUAGCAACUUAAAUGUAAGAAUUUACAAAAGGGUAUUUUGAUAUUGUUAAUUGUCAUUACAAGUGUUAUCAAAAUCAAAUUGUCAAGUCAAAUGUAACAUUUUGAAUUAAGAAUCAUCUGGGAGAAUUAAUACUGUAACAUCAACACAGCUCUCUCAGUUCAUGACAUUUACUUGGGGGAGCAUUUGUGUACUUGUGAUGCCAUACAGACAGACAGGCCAAUGCUGCACAUAUGGUGCAGCGUUGGCCAAGAACGCAGAAUAUACGAAACAAUUAUAAUUUUACAAGUAUUGGGGGGACAUACUUUCUGAUCAUCGCGAUAAGUCAGAACAAUGUAAAAUAAUACAUUUAAAUCUGUUUUCGUAUGUGUAAGGAAGGUAUUAAAAAGUGUUAUUGGAAUCCAUGUGAAAAAGAUUUAGUUCUCUGUCAUUUAUUUGAUGACAUAUACCUCUUGGGUCUGAGAACUAUAGUCACAAUAUUGUCAAACGUUGAGAACCAAUAGAGAAUUAUCCCCUAUGGACUGAUCACCACGAAGUGGGAUCAAAGUACAAGAUCGUCUAAUCAGUGAUAUCAUGUUACCUGAACCUUACCUGUGGAACGCGUAGUAUAACAGCAAAUAUCCAUUAACAAAAAUAAUUACAUUACCAAUUCGAGUUACUGAAUGUAAUACCUUACUUGCCUUUCUCUCCAAUGCCAUUGAAAUAAAUUGUUCAUUGUAAAACGCUUAUGCCUUUCAUGUGACAGCAAUCUACAGUAAAAUAUAUGACUUUUUUUUAUAUAGAAAUGCACGGUAAAUGCAAUUAGGAAUGUCACUCAUUCAUUCAUUUCGUUGGCUCUAUAACCCCCUGUGACUUCCGCCGAUGAGGGCAUUAAUAAAAUCGAGGCAAAGAAGAUUCUUCAAAAAGAUGUGGCUUGAAAGGAAUAAUAUGGAUGAUGAUCCUUUAAUUCACGCCAUGCGAAUAUUGAUGAACUAUAAUGACUCUGUUUCGAGGUAUAUACGAAACCUUAUCUCUGAUAAUACUUAUGAUAUUGAGGAAGGAAAAUGUGAACUGCAAUUAAAGGUCAGAAACUCCAAUUCCAAUAGGAUUGUGUUCUAUAAAACUGUUAACCCAGAUUUAUUCGUUCAUGACAUUUAUACAAACCAAUUAAGACUUAAUGAAAUGGAACGUGUAUCAUGGACAAGAAUGCGGUUGAGUGCUCAUUCAUUGGCAGUUGAGACAGGUCGGUGGAA